AUGCCGCCCAAACCACUCAAACUACCGAGCAUACCUCCCAACCCUCCUCCCAGCGCGUCCGGACGCGUCGAUACCAACCACAGCACGACAGGCAGGGCAAAGGCUUCUCUCAUCGCUGCAUCGAACGCUUCCGUACGCGCCAACGCGAAGCCCGACGCGUCCGCGCUCGUCAACCCGUCUACGUCGUCCAAAGCCACCCCGGUCUCUUUGUCUCUUCCAACUAAGUCGGCGCCUACGCCUCCAGCGAAGCCGCUUGCCGCCCCUGUCGAUUCACGCGGCUCAGGUAGCUCCAGCUCCGGUUCCAGUCCCUCAGACGCGUGCAAUCACGACCAAACCUCGGUCGGAGGCGUCGCAGGCAAGCAUGCGGUCUACUUCCACUCGUCCUGGUCAAGCCACGCCUGCCGUUCCUCCCGUUCUCUCGGCCGGCAUCGCUCAAGGUCCAUCCACUGCGAGCAAACGGCGUCCAUCGAUCUCGCACGCACACACACACGCGAGCGCGAGUGCGAGCGUUCCUACGCGCUCGCGGCCGGUCACCCCAACAAGAUCCAAAUCGUCCACCGCUACUCGCACUCCGUCUGUGCCUCCCGUUCCCGCGAUGCCGGCCACAGCGAGAUCGGCGUCGACGCGUUCUUCCCCGCCUCUCGUCCCGCCUCCGGUCCCGCCCAAAUCGACACCGCCGCGCCCGGGAUCCAGAAUGGCGAGGACCAACUCGACGACGACGACGACGACGCGUCAUUACAUUGUAGCACCCUCGCCGCCUACCCCUGGGGCGAGCAAGCCGCGAUCGUCGGCCGCGUCGUCAAGUACGGUCUCAAUGCGUACGAUUACUGCAACACCGAAUCGUACCUCGUCCUCGGCAGGGGCAUCGGCCGCAAGGAAGGCGGAUAA